UGCGGUCUUGCCCUGGAGAGCUGACCGCGGACGGCAGGAGGCCCCGCGGGAGCAGGAGGAUCGGACUUGGAGGAACGGAGCUCAGCGUCAGGGCCCCGGAGACGGAGCAGAGAGGCUGGCACAGGCGCCUGGCUCGGCCCCAGGCGGGCGGGCGGGAGGACUCAUUCAUCCCGGGCCAGCCCAGGAGUGGGCCUGCGGAGCUGGCGGGUCGGGCUCCGGCCCAGGCUCCGGCGGGGAGGGGAUUUCCUCCGGCUCCCUCCCCCCCCCUCCCCCAGGGCCGGCUGCUGGGAACCGGCCCGGCGCCUUCAGUGAGGGGCGGGGCCGAGGAGCGCCGUCGGGCCAGAACUUCAGGGCAGUGGAGGCAGCCCCUGGGCCCCGGACGCCUGGACACGGGUGCUGCCGGUCCUGCCUGGGCGCCCCUGGGCCUCCCGGGGAAGGAGGUGUAGGUAGGACCCCCGAUGGCUGCUGCUCAGGAUUUGCAGAUGGAGGAUGUGAAUGUGUAUAGAGACAUGGAAGAAGAGCUGGAGGAAGAAAAGAAAAUGAGAGAGGAUGGGGAAGGUCAAGAUCCCUUCAAGAAUAAGAAGGUCCACAAGAUUGUCUCAAAUUGGAUGCUUCCUGAACAUGCCCGAAGAACAUACUUGGAGAGAGCUAACUGCCUCCCACCCCCUGUGUUCAUCAUCUCCAUCAGCCUGGCUGAGCUGGCAGUGUUUAUUUACUAUGCUGUGUGGAAGCCUCAGAAACAGUGGAUCACCUUGGACACGGGCAUCUUGGAGAGUCCAUUCAUCUACAAUCCUAAGAAGAGGGAGGAGGCCUGGAGGUUUAUCUCAUACAUGCUGGUACAUGCUGGAGUUCAGCACAUCUUGGGGAAUCUUAUUAUGCAGCUCGUUUUGGGUAUUCCCUUGGAAAUGGUCCAUAAAGGCCUCCGAGUGGGGCUGGUGUACCUGGCAGGAGUGAUUGCAGGAUCCCUUGCCAGCUCCAUCUUUGACCCACUCAAAUAUCUUGUGGGUGCUUCAGGAGGAGUCUAUGCUCUGAUGGGAGGCUAUUUUAUGAAUGUUCUGGUGAAUUUUCGAGAAAUGAUUCCUGCCUUUGGAAUUGUCAGACUACUGAUCAUCACCCUUAUAAUUGCGUCAGAUGUGGGAUUUGCUCUCUACAGAAGAUUCUUUGUCCCUGCAAAUGGGUCACCGGUGUCUUUUGCAGCUCACAUUGCAGGUGGAUUUGCUGGAAUGUCCAUAGGUUACACCGUGUUUAGCUGCUUUGAUAAGACACUGCUGAAAGAUCCACGGUUUUGGAUAUCAAUUGCAGCUUAUUUAGCUUGCGUCUUAUUUGCCGUGCUUUUCAACAUUUUCCUAUCCCCAGCAAACUGACCUGCCCUAAUAGAAGCCAAUUAAUAAAAAGGGCCAUCUGGGGAAAAACUGGAGAACUCUAUGAAGAAACAGAGAAGCCCCAGCAAAUUUUAAAAGAAGGAAAAACACCACUGAAGUGAUCAGUUGCAAGGACUUCUAACAAAAGUUUUAGGUUUUAAGGAGGGGCUUCUAGAUACAAGGGGAGGGAAGAGGAAGAGAAAAGGGAAGUAAAGCCUGGAAAUUUGGUCUUUCCCAGGCAUAUGGAGUGCAUGCAUGCAUCCUCUAAAAGAGACUUGUUCUUCGAGGAUGUAUUAUAGAGAUGGCUUGCUAGAAUCAAGAACUCUGCACUAUGCUGAUAAUAAAAACUUUCAUACCUGUGCCAGA